GAAAUGGCUCAAGUGCUGCAUAUGGACCCUGGCUUCCCAGGGAAGCUCAGCUCACCAGCUCCCCCCUCCCUACACGGCAAGGAGCAGGAGGCGCCCUACUCAGUGGAGACCCCCUAUGGCUACCGUCUGGACCUGGACUUCCUCAAGUAUGUCAACGACAUCGAGAAGGGAAACACUAUCAAGAAGGUGCCCAUUCAACGUCGGCCGCGCUAUGGCUCGCUUCCCCGCGGCAGCUACGGUUACACCGGCUCCUGGUGGACGUCCACGGAAUCCCUGUGCUCUAAUGCCAGCAUGGACAGUCGUCACUCCUCCUUCUCCUACUGCGCUCCGGGCUAUCAUACUUCACACAGGCCCAACUUCAGCACUGCCCGCGUGGAGAAGACCUUGUUGGAUGCACGCAGGAAGUUGGAAGAAGAGAAAGAAGGAAGGAGGUUCUCCAACCUGGGCAGCAUGCACAGCAGUGUGGUAGGUUCUAACACCUCCAUCAGCAGUGCGCACAGUUUCAACCGGGCCCACGGUGGAGGAGGCAAUGGCGGAGGAGGAGCCUUCACUCCCAUGAGUUCAGGCCUGUCCACCCCGGUAACACCGACCCCGGCACACUUGCAGAAUGUCCGGGAACAGAUGGCGGCUGCCCUCAGGAAAAUCCGAGAUCUCGAGGAGCAGGUAAAGACCAUACCCGUGCUGCAGGUGAAGAUCUCCGUGCUGCAGGAAGAGAAACGACAGCUCAGCGUUCAACUGAAGAGCCAGAAGUUUCUAGGCCACUCGAUGGGCUUCAACCGAGGCAGGAGCAGAGGAGAGCUGUACAUCGACAUCCCAGAAGAAGAGGUGAGCGCAGGAACAAAAGGUCAAAAAGAGCCUCCGGGGUCGAUGCCUCCCACCACGCCGGAGGGCUCCAAACAAGACUCGGGAUGUGAGAUUGAGGACACCGUUAUCGUGGCCGGAGCCAGACCAGAUGCCAAGCGGGAGCUGCGUACAAUCGGAGUUGGACCGGAGGGAGAGAAGAGCAGUCGCCAGGUGGGGGUGGGCGUUCAGGAAGUGGAUCUGGGGCUGCUGCCGGAGGCCGAGGCUUUGAAGAACCAAGUAGUUCAUCUUGAGGGUCAGCUGAAAAGAAUGAUGGAGGAGCUGCACGCCGCACAGCUGCAAGCAACAUCUACCCAGAAGGACGAGGGCCCUCGGGCCGAGCACCCAGUGAUGGCCACUACCAUGAGCUGGCAAGAUAUCCAGGACGGCAACCUCCAGACCGUGGUCAGCUUCACACAGCAGUCUCCACACAGGGAACAGAGAACUGUUGGGAUCCAAGUGUACACGCUGGAACAGCCCACUGUGGUGGAGGUGGGCACUCUACUCCGAGCAGUCAGCUGCAGCUCCCCAUCAACAUUGUUAGAGGGCCACCACAGAGAACAAACUGAUGGCUCUACAGAAUCUACACUGGGGUUGCCCAUCGCCGUCAGCUCCAAGCAAGUGCGUGACAUCCUCAAGAGUGAGUUGUCCACAUCGGUGCCCGUAUCUAACCCCGCCGUCACCGUCAGCACGGGAGGCAAUCAGAUUACGUCUGUUUACUCAAAAGAAGACGAAACUCACCUGGAAACCAGCGUAGAGACGCUUCAGGAAGGCCGACACUCGGCCUCAUCUCCUGAAUCAUCUCUGAGGUCCAUCAUGAAACGAAAAGCAGAGGGGGAACCUGGCUCUCCUUCUACCAAGAAAAACCUUCAGUUCAUUGGCGUCAAUGGAGGCUACGAAUCAACCUCAUCCGACGACAGCAGCAGCUCGGAUGAGGAGAGCGACUCCAGCGAGUAUCACGAAGCUAGGGAAAAACUGCCAGAGGCCACGGCCGAGCACCAGCCAUCCUUCGGGCCUCUAGAGGGUGACGAAAUACCUCAGCAGACAAUUAGCAGACCGGCGACCGAGUGCCCUGCCACAGAUAAAGCUCAACUACCACCAGCGACCGAAGCUGCCGCUCUAGAAUGUGCCCCCCAGACACCAGCACCCGGCGCCGGCCUGGCUCUCUCACAUACGGCGAACACUCCUGCCUCCCAGGAAACCGUCAGUCCGACAACAGCCACCAGCACUGAUUUUAAGCCGCCCGUUACCUCCUCAGUAGCCACUCCAACUCCAGAGGUUGCCAGGCAGCAGGCGGACACAGCGACGUCUUCCAGCCAAUCAGAAUCGGAGCCUGCGUCUGUGAGUGUCCCCACAAAACAAAUCAGAUUGGAACUAAGUGACAGCCUGAUGUCAGCGCUUCAUGAACUUCAGAAGGCCCUCGGAGAGCCCAACGCUUUCAGCCAGCAAGCAGCGAGAGAGGCAUACACCAGCGUGCUACAGGAGUGGCUGCGCGUGUCCUGCCACAAAGCGGCAGACGUGGCGGCGGUCCGGGCCUACAUGGAGGCCUUCGCUGCCAUCUCUCCUCAAUUGCUGGAGUUUAUCAUCAACAUGGCGGACGGCAACGGCAACACGGCGCUGCAUUACACCGUCUCACACUCUAAUUUCCCUGUCGUGAAACUGCUUCUUGACACCGGUCUUUGUAACGCCGACAAACAGAACAAAGCAGGCUACACGGCCAUCAUGCUCACAGCUCUGGCAGCUUUCCACUCUGACAGCGAUCUUCAAGCUGUCCUGCAGCUGUUGCGCACAGGGGACGUUAAUGCCAAGGCUAGCCAGGCCGGGCAGACGGCAUUGAUGCUGGCGGUCAGCCACGGCCGGGGCGACAUGGUGCGGGCACUCCUGUCCUGCGGGGCCCAAGUCAACAUCCGCGACGAAGACGGCUCCACGGCGCUCAUGUGCGCCUGCGAGCAUGGCCACGUCGACAUCGUGCGACAGCUACUGUCUGUUCCCGGCUGUGACGCUACCAUCACUGAUAAUGAUGGCAGCACGGCGCUCUCCAUUGCCCUGGAAGCCAGCCAAAAUGACAUCGCCGUGCUUCUGUAUGCUCACCUCAACUUUGCCAAGCCUCCUUCUCCUGUUUCUCCCAAAUCUCCUCUGCUGGGCUCCUCUCCUUCUGCCAAUGACACAAAAUGA